AUGGCAUCCCCUGACACAGAGCCGAUGAUGGGAAAUUUCAUCCCGCUGCAGUCGUCAGAGGGCCUCUUCCUUAUCCCGCCCAGACGCACGCGCAGCCCUCGCCGUCUGCGUUCGCGAUCACCCCGCCGGCACCGACAGGAGCCUGGUGUACACCUACAUUUGAGCCUGACAGACUCGCAGAUGGACAAAUUGACCUCGACCAUAGCAGUGGAUGACGGGCCCAGGCCGAAAACCCACCGUCGCUCGGAUACAACAGACGGCGGUGAUAUCGGACUCGCUGCCACCCGGCGCCAUCAGUCCACCGCGGACGACUUACACCCGCCAGCAGCACCUGUCCCUCUCCCCAUUCUUCCAGGCCGCGAAAAGACAACAUCGGCUACCUCAGCCGCAUUGGAAGAACAGCACCCGGGCAUCUCCUUUAUCCAUCGUACACGUGGCCGGGGCCAUAACGACAACCGCCAGGAUACUUAUGGCUACACAGACUCCAUGCUGUAUUCGUCACCAACCCAUAGCAAUGUUAAGGCAUCAUCCCCCUGUAAGCAUUCACCAGCCCAGGACAGCAUGUCGACUCCUGGAACCAGCACACACGCAACGAUAGAAAGCAGUGGGAAGGCGCGCAGCUUUGAGCUCGGCCCUGCAGCUUACUAUCGUGGCGAAAGUGGUACCAACCUCCAGGCUGCGCCCCAGAAUCAGCGGCAGAUUCCGGAAGAGCCCGAUAUGACAGACGCCUCGUCGUCCAUCUACUCCAUGGACGACCUAAUCAAAGCCAUCCCGCAUAUCCACCCUCUCUAUGUCAAACGAAUCGCCGAGAUGGGGCCCCCUAACAGGUCACCUGGACUGUCGCCCCAGCAUCCGUCCAACACGCUUCAGGAGUAUACUGCCUAG